AUGGCAGCACUCACCAGGUUCAUCAGCAAGUCCGCGGACAAGUCCCUUCCUUUUUUCCAGGUGUUGAAGGGAAAUAAAACGUUUAAGUGGGGAGAAGAGCAAGAGAAAGCAUUCAAGGAGGUAAAGAACCAUUUGAAAAGCCUCCCAACUAUAGCCAGACCAGAAGUGGGGGACAUAUUGCAGUUGUACAUCUCUGCCUCCAAGAAAACUGUAGCAGCAGCUCUGGUAGUUGAAAAAGAUAAGAUCCAGCAGCCAGUUUACUUUGUCAGCCACAUCCUUAACCCUGCAGAACAGAGGUACCCCCUGAUCGAAAAAAUGGCCUUUGCCAUCAUGAUAGCUGCUAGGAAAUUGAAACCAUACUUCGACGCACAUAAAGUGCAAGUGCUAACCAACCAACCUUUAGAGAAGUCGUUGCAAAGGUUAGAUACUUCUGGUAGACUCUUGAAAUGGGCAGUGGAACUCUCAGAAUAUGACAUCGAGUACAAACCCAGAACUGCCAUAAAAGCACAGGCACUGGCAGAUUUUAUAGCAGAGGCCUCAUACGAAGAGGAGGAAGAGCCAUUGGGGACAUGUCAAAUCUCGGUAGAUGGCUCCGCUGCGGUCACAGGGUCGGGUGCAGGUACCAUAAUGGUCUCACCAGAAGGCAACGUCUUCGAAUACGCCAUAAAGUUUAAAUUCAAAGCUUCAAAUAAUGAGGCAGAAUAUGAGGCAGCAAUCGCAGGAAUCCAGAUGUGCAAAGCAGCAGAUGCUAAGAAAAUAGUGCUAAAAACGGAUUCACAGCUGGUAGCCAGUCAAUAUAGAGGUGAAUACGAAGCCAGGGAACCAUCCAUGCAGAGAUACUUGGCCUUGAUGAAAGAAGCUGUAGCCCAGCUAGAGAGUUUUGAGAUCCAACUGGUCCCCAGGGCAGAAAAUAAUCAGGCAGAUGCCUUAUCAAAACUGGCAAGCUCGACGUUGCAGGACUUAGAAAGAACGGUGAUGGUGGAGGUCCAGGAGGAAAAAAGCAUUGACAAAAAGCCUGCAGUUAACUCCAUCGACACAGAACCACAGUGGUACGACAAUAUAGUUUCAUAUAAGCUGGGGAGGGGCCUUCCCACAGCAGAGCAAGAACAGAAGAAAGUAAAACGAAACGAACACUGGUUCGUCAUUUACCAGGGAAAAUUGUACAAGAAAUCUUUCUCCUUGCCUCUACUGAGAUGUGUGUCAACAGAGGAAUCACAACGAAUCAUUGAGGAAAUACAUGAGGGAAUACGUGGAAACCACAUAGGUGGCAGAACAUUAGCCUUAAAGGCCCUCAGGGCAGGAUACUAUUGGCCAACCAUGGUAGGCAAUUCACAGGCGUAUGUUAAAAAGUGCGAUAAGUGCCAGAAAUUCGCUCCAGUGAUCAAUCAACCCUCCAACGACUUACAACCAAUUAUCAAUCCUAUACCAUUCGCCCAGUGGGGAAUGGAUAUCCUGGGACCAUUCACAGCAGCAAGCGGAGGAAGAAAAUUUUUGAUUGUGGUAGUGGACUAUUUUACUAAGUGGAUUGAAGCAGAGCCCACAAAAAGCAUAACAGCCAAAAGGAUAAAGGAUUUCAUCUGGAAGAACAUCGUGACGAGAUUUGGCAUUCCAGAAAGUUUAGUCUUUGACCAUGGAACACAGUUCGAUUGCACACCAAUAAAGGAAUAUUGCGCUGAACUAAGGAUAAAAUUUGCAUACGCAUCUGUAUGUCAUCCCCAUAGAAAUGGGACCACCGAGAAAGAAGCAACACGGGAGAGUCCUUACAAGUUGGCCUUCGGGGCCGAGGCAGUUCUGCCUGUAGAGGUGGGUCUGCCUAGCUUCAGAGUGCAGUACUAUGAUGAGAGCACUAAUGAGCAGCUUAUGAGGGAAGCAUUAGAUCUCUUACCAGAGGUCAGAUUACAAGCAGAGCUCAAAUUGACAGCGAACAAAGAAAGAAUGAGCAGGGCAUAUAACAAGAGAGUAAAACACAGACCUAUGCAGGUAGGGGACCUGGUUCUCAGACGAACGGCCGCCACUGGAAAAGGAAAAGCAGAAGGAAAGUUCACUGCCAACUGGGAAGGGCCUUACCAGAUCACAAGAGAAGUAGCCCCUGGCUCAUAUACCACCUCAUGA